GCACCCAGCUCAGACACAGCGCUUGCGCGCGCAUGAGCGGACGGGCGUGUGGAGACAGCGGCUGCGCGGCCGGCGUGAGGCUUCGUGAAGCUCACACCGAGCGCCAGAAGGAAAUCGGCUAUCGUUUGUUAGGCCUAUAAAGUAUUUAAACAACAGUGAUUGCCUCCAGGACGUGUUGUGAUCUGUUACAGGAAUGUGUUUCUGAUCGAAUCUCAAUCAUGUUGUCAAACUGCUUGCAAAAUUUCUUAAAAAUGACAAGCCCUCAUGUAUAUCCAAGAUUAUGCCAGCGACUAAUAGGAAGUAAAAGGAGGUUUUCCGGAACUGUGCCAACGUUCAGAUUUCGUAGGCGGGUUGUCAUUACAGGCAUUGGCUUAGUGACUCCUCUGGGUGUUGGAACUCAGCUGGUAUGGGAUCGUCUCAUCCGAGGAGAGAGUGGAAUUAUUUCAUUGGUCGGUGAGGAGUAUAAGAAUAUCCCUUGCAGUGUUGCUGCUUAUGUGCCAAGAGGUGGUGAUGAAGGUCAGUUCAAUGAACAAAACUUUGUGUCCAAAUCCGAUAUCAAGUCCAUGUCUUCUCCAACCGUUAUGGCCAUUGGGGCUGCAGAGUUAGCCAUGAAAGAUUCUGGCUGGCACCCUCAAUCAGAAGCUGAUCAAGUGACUACUGGAGUUGCAAUUGGCAUGGGAAUGGUUCCUCUUGAAGUUGUUUCUGAAACUGCUUUAAUGUUUCAGACGAAAGGUUAUAGUAAAGUCAGCCCAUUCUUUGUCCCUAAGAUUCUAGUCAAUAUGGCAGCAGGCCAGGUCAGCAUUCGAUAUAAACUCAAGGGCCCCAAUCAUGCAGUGUCUACAGCCUGUACCACAGGAGCUCAUGCUGUGGGAGACUCCUUUAGAUUUAUAGCCCAUGGUGAUGCUGAUGUGAUGGUGGCUGGAGGUACGGAUUCUUGCAUUAGUCCUUUAUCUCUUGCUGGGUUUUCCAGAGCCCGUGCUCUGAGCACAAACCCUGAUCCUAAGUUGGCAUGUCGACCAUUUCACCCCAAAAGAGAUGGUUUUGUAAUGGGAGAAGGUGCAGCUGUGCUGGUGCUGGAAGAAUAUGAUCAUGCCAUGGAACGAGGGGCGCGGAUCUACGCAGAAAUUUUGGGCUAUGGACUCUCAGGUGAUGCUGGUCACAUAACUGCGCCUGACCCUGAAGGAGAAGGUGCCUUAAGAUGUAUGGCUGCAGCUGUAAAAGAUGCAGGUGUACAACCUGAAGAGAUAUCCUAUGUCAACGCGCAUGCUACUUCCACCCCAUUGGGAGAUGCUGCUGAAAACAAAGCUAUCAAACAUCUUUUCAAAGACCAUGCACCUGCCCUUGCAGUUUCUUCAACUAAAGGAGCCACGGGACAUCUGUUGGGAGCUGCAGGGGCAGUUGAAGCAGCUUUUACUGCUUUGGCUUGUUAUUAUCAAAAACUACCACCUACUUUAAACCUGGAUUGUACAGAACCAGAAUUUGAUCUCAAUUAUGUUCCACUAAAGGCACAGGAAUGGAAAAUUGAGAAAAGAUGUAUUGGACUCACCAAUUCCUUCGGUUUUGGUGGUACUAAUGCAACACUUUGUAUUGCUGGCAUGUAGGACAAAUAAUUUGUAAUUAAAUAUGAUUUUUUAAAAAAAUAUGAACUAUA